CGCCUUUGUUGGGUUCAUCCGUCUAUACAUGCGGCUGGUGUAAGGGGAAGGGAGGCGAGUGUGUCUAAAAUGCGAAAAAAAAUGAUAUUUCUCAACUCGCUGCACAGAACAGUAUACUCGUUAUGGAUUAUACUCAUAUCUCUCGAUAUGCAUAUACUAGAGGUAGAGAGCACAAGUGCAGCAGAAGUAGACCGACACUUGCAAAUGGGUGUGCAGAUGUUAGCGAAGGGCCAGCUCCAUGAUGCUCUCUCGCAUUUUCAUGCUGCCAUUGACGGUGAUCCAACCAACUACUUGAGCUAUUACCGUCGCGCCACAGUGUAUUUGGCCCUGGGCAGAUCGCGACCGGGGCUCCAGGAUCUGGACGAGGUGAUUAAGCUCAAGCCUGACUUCACUGCCGCCCGUGCGCAGCGGGGCGGUGUCCUGGUCAAGCUGGGUCGCCUGGAGGAGGCUCACAUUGAUCUGGAACACGUGCUACGGAAAGAUCAAAACCACGAGGAAGCGAAUAAGUUAUAUGUAACGAUAGAACCACUGAAAAAGGAAAUCCUGGAGGCAUACUCAAGUGUUAGAACAGGGCGUUAUCAGCAUGCUAUCCUCCUCCUGAAGAACAUCAUUGAGCGAUGCCCCUGGGACGCUUCCCUUCGUGAGUUGCGCGUGGAGGCCUACCAGGCUGUGGGGGAUGUCGCAAGUGCCAUCGCUGACCUGCGUGUCACCACCAAGCUCAUCCAGGACAACACCUCUGGGUUCCUUAAGCUUGCCACACUCUACUAUCAGACGGGUGACGUGGAGCAGGGGCUGAAUGAAAUUCGUGAGUGCCUGAAGUUGGACCCAGAUCACAAAGAGUGCUUCACUUUCUACAAGAAAGUGAAAAAAGUCAACAAACUAGUCACUAAUGCUCAGGAGUUUGCAAAUGAGAAAAAGUAUGAGGACUGCACAGCUACAGCAAGCAAGAUCCUCAGAGAAGAAAAGGAGUACGAUGAAGUCAGGUUCCUUGCCUAUGACAAGCUGUGCCAGUGCCAGUCUCGCACCGACUCAGAAGCUGCUGUGGAGGCGUGCCAGAGGGCCAUUGACAUUAAGGAGGAGGCAAGACUUUACUGUGAUAUGGCAGAAGCCCUCUUGCUUGAGGAGAAAUAUGAUGAAGCUUUAAAUAGUUACCAGAAAGCUCUCAAUAUUGAUGAAGGGCUUCAGAGAGCAAAGGAAGGUGUCGACAAGGUGCAGAAACUUAAAAAACAAGCUAGUAAAAGAGAUUAUUAUAAAAUCCUCGGCGUUAAAAGAACAGCUGGCAAGGACGAAAUCAAAAAGGCUUAUAGAUCAUUAGCACAAAAGUGGCAUCCAGACCACUACGAAGGAAAAGAGAAGGAGAAGGCUGAAAAGAUGUUCAUUGAUAUUGCAGCGGCAAAGGAGGUGCUGACCGAUGAAGAAAUGAGAGAGAAGUUUGACCGAGGAGAAGACCCUCUUGACCCAGAGCAGCAGCAGCAGGGCCCUGGUGGCCAUGGUUUCAACCCCUUCCAGCACUUCCACUUCCAGCAUGGAGGCUUCCCUGGUGGUGGAUUCCAUGGUGGAGGUUUCAAAUUUCACUUUAACUAAUGCAGUGCAUUUUCUAGUGUUUUUUUGUAAAUCCUUAGAAAAAAAGUUUAUUUAUUAUAUAACUGGAUUUGUAUGUGUGAGAUGGCUGGAAUUACUUUUUGUCACUAAACACAAAAUUAUGAAAUUUCACAUUAAAUAAAAGUCAAAAGGAAAUGUAAGAUCAUACAAACUAGCUCAUCACUAAAUUGGGCAAGCUAUUUAUAAGUUCUACCUUUAAAUGUUAUCAUUAUUUACAAAGAAAUCACAAACCUUGAUCAUUAAGAAAUAUGAUUGGUUGACUGUUCACUGAACAGGAAGUUCAUUGCUCUAGAAGGAAAGUCAGUAAAGAUGGAAAUGCUCAGGGGUGUCUGUGACAUCUUACUUGUAACCUGCUUGAAUUUAAUCUGAAAGUUUAAUAUUUUAAGGAUCAUAGUAUUUCAGGGAUUACAGUUCUAGGCCGCCAACAUCGUAAGAAACUUACACUCUAGUGCCUUGCAUU